AUGUAGUUAACAAUUAAAGUUUAACUUUUGUAUUCUCUUAUAAGUUAAAUUUAAUUACAAGCCUCUAGAAUGCUUGUUUAAAGUAAGCUAAAAUUUCAUAUGACUCAGAUUUUGUUUAUUCCAUAUGUCCAAAUGAUAUCAUAGUUUAUAAUGGGUUAAGUUUUUAGCAAUAAUUUCCAAUUCUUGGCAAAGGAAUAAAAGAAGUUGAAAAUUUUAUUAGCACAAAAUAUAACAACUAUUUUAUUAUUAUAUAAAAAAAUAAACUAUCUCUCAUUAAACUAGAGUAUCUAUCUGAUUUCCAGCUUGUUUAUGAAGUCAAUAAAACUAACUAAUAGCUAUUAAAUAUGA